AUAAUGAUAAGCAGGAGCUCAGAUGCUGCCAUUUCAUGACUCCACGACAUUGACUGGCCAACUUUGUUUGAGCGGGACAUCUAAAAUGGCUGCCACAAUGAUUCAGUUAAUUGGAUUCAUGCUGUCUGCACUGGGGCAGUUCUUAAUAUCAGCUGCAACGGCAAUGGACAUGUGGAGCUUACAGGACCGAUCUUUUACAGUUGUAACAAACGUUUACACUUAUUCUGGGUUAUGGAACUCGUGUGUAGGGACAGCGUACGGGACAACACAGUGCAGGCCUUAUUUUACCAUACUGGGACUGCCAGCUCUGCUCCAGGCUGUCCGGGCCCUGAUGAUUGUUGGUAUUGUUCUUGGAGCCAUCGGCUGCCUCAUCGCCAUAUUUGCACUGAAGUGUUUGAAAAUGGGGAACAUGGAGGACAACAUCAAAGCCACAAUGACUCUGACGGCCGGAAUCCUGUUUCUAGUAGCAGGUGUCUGUGGCAUUGCUGGAGUGUCUGCCUUUGCUAACUUGAUUGUGCAAAGUUUUCGGUUCACAACGUAUGCCGAUGGAGGGUUUGGAAUGUAUGGAUCAGGGAGUGUGGGUGGACUCACAGGAGCUCUGACUCCAAGGUACACUUUUGGCCCCGCUCUUUUCGUGGGCUGGAUCGGCGGAGCUAUCUUGUUCAUUGGAGGCAUCAUGAUGGCUCUGGCCUGCCGUGGAAUGACUUCAGACAGUAAGCAAAGGUAUGAUGGGAUGGCCUACAAAGCUGCCUCUCAACACACCAUGUACAAGUCUGAUGUCAGGUCCCGUCCAGUCUACAAUGACUCCUACAAAGCCCAGAGUGUGGAGGGAAGGCAGUCCAACCAGAGAUUUGACUACGUGUAGAAUAAUUUCACUCCAUACUGUACCUCUUUUUUAUGUUCUGCAGCUCUAUUAUGAUCCAUGAGUUUUUCACUUAUUUUUUGCCUGCAUUCAUGGGAAGAAUGGUUAUUUUUUUUAUUUCUCUGAACUUUAAUCUGGAAGAAACAUAAACCUUUUUAAUAGCAUCAUAUACUUCUAAUUAUGAAAAGCUGUUUUGUGAUUUAUUUUGUUGUUGUUGUUGGUGGUGUGUUAUUUCUUUUUGUGUCAAAUAAAAAACUGUGAUUCUUAGUUUGUCUAAUUCAUCAUUAUAACCUGAUGAAACACAAAAUAAACAUAAUGACAGAAUAAU